AUUUACUGCUACCUUUAAAGAUGAAGGUCGUUUGGCACCUGAAGUCAUGUCGUACUUUUCACACCAGUGUACUUUGUCCUCAGUGGCGCUUGAAAUUACUUGAAAAGACAGUCGCUCACUGUCACGUUUUCACAGUACCAGUAAACCACUUCUUUUCAACUCGUAAAAAAGAUAAUCAGCUUACGAUAUUCACGAUUCCUAAUUUGAUUACAGCUUCACGAAUCACACUUACACCUUUUAUUGUUAAAUCUAUUUUUUGCUGUGAUUUGAGUAUGGCUUUAGGUCUUACUAUCGUUGCCGGAGUCACAGAUACGUUAGAUGGGCUAAUAGCCCGAAGUGUGUCCAACCAGGCCUCAAAUGUUGGAAGUUUUUUGGACCCUCUUGCUGACAAACUUCUUGUGACUUCUUUGGUUUUGUCAUUGGCAGUGAUGGAUUUUUUCCCAGUCAGUCUUGCCUGUCUUUUUAUUUUCCGUGAUUUGGGAAUAGUUAUCACAGUUUUGUCUCUAAUGUUCUGGAAUUUCGGUUCACUUACUACGAAGAUAUUCACCGAGAAAGUUGAAAUGAAGGCAUCAAAUAUCAGCAAGGUAUGUCUACUUCUCACAGUUAGUUCAAUGGUGUGAAAUCUUAAAUUAGCUUAGUUAUAUCUGCAGCUUAACUCAAUAUUCUGUUUGACCUUCUACUGUCCCGUAAAAUUAAUUACACACCUUUGAAUGUUAGUUUGAUGCAAUUAUCUUCAUAAAGCUGAAUACUCUUUGUCAGUUAUCGAGUAUCAUACUUAGCAUGACAUAUCCUUUGUAUGGACUUCCUAACUACGAAUACCUAAAGGUUGUGUGGCUUCUUUCAGCUGGAACUACAAUUGGAUCUGGUUUAGGAUAUUUAAAAAGUUUACCAGAAUGGCGGAGACAGAUGGCUGAAAUCUCCACAAAAAAAAAUAGAUAGAUAAACUAUUUUAUUUUGUACACGGUUUUUUAAUCAACAAUUUAUAUCAAAUUGUAUCUCCUUCAACGAAAUGGUUGUCUUCAUUGUCAACAGUUUACAUAUAUAUAUAACAUGUUAUGAAAACUAACCGUUUGAUUGAAUAAAAUCCAAAGAAAUAAACUAUUAUAAAGAAAAUAAAUGAAAAUAUCCCAUAUACAACUUGAAAACAAUUAUCAUCUAUUAACUUAUGAUAAUUUACUCUAUUAAAGUUUAAUGCAUAAAUCUUAAUAUAAACCUAAAGAAUGAUUUCAUGUUAUUUAAAAGUCAAGUCGUCAUCUCUGUUCACUUUCAACUGAAUGAUUCAAAG